UCAAUGAGUAUUUAAACAAUGUCUGUGCACAUUAUUCAUCCCUCAUGUCAAUGUAAAAACCGAGAAUUUUCGAAUAGCAGAGACCACGCGGUCUGUUACACGAUGGCUUAAUAGCUGCAGUGGCCAUGCAGAUGUAAACAUUGCUUGUUAAUUAUAAUUAAUCUGGAGUGAAUGGACCGGUAAAAUUGUGUCAAGUGUCAUUUUCCAACGGAGUCAAUGGAAACCAGCGGAGGUAUGAGAAUAUCUCAUAAAUACGAAAUAUUUUUAUAACGAAUCCAUUGACAGUGUUCCCGCAUUUUAUUCAGUAAUAAUUGUUGUGUUGCAGCUGUGAAAUUAUUGUUCGUUAAAUUAUGAGGUUUUUGGAGAAAAUUGUUCAAGACUGUGCAAAUAAUAUUUUCCUGAUGACAGUGGUGAAAUUCAAAUUAGAAACAGAAUGUCUUGCAUUUAUUGAUCACUUAAUUCUGUCGGAUAAAUAAUUGGUAAAAAAAUGGCGAAAUAUCUAUUUAUGUUCGAUGCUAUUGUUUUAUUGAUUCAAUGCAUCGUUCCAUAAUUUAUUGCUUAUCCUUGCCGAAUAUCGUGCGCAUGGAAAAGAAACCGACUGACGUCCUGCAUGUCAUUCAAAAAUACCUCUCCGUUGCGACCGUUAAAUUAUUGGUUAAAUUAUCAAUUAUUUUAUAAUCUCUGGCUAAAGUUAUCAAUUGUUUGCGGUGACUCAAUCGUUUGAAAGUAUGUCAAGGACAUUUUUGGUCUAUUACUGUGAUAAUUUGAUAAUUUUGUCUGAAUUAUGAUUUAGACAAUAAGAAUGAAUGAAGGAGUAGGAAUUUUAUUAUUUUAUUCAAUUGAGGAGCCAUUCAAUAGUUUUUUCUUUACCAAUGCUGACUAUCAGACUCAUGAGAGAGAGACUGACAGUUCCUGCAUUGUAUCCUAAAAUAGCGUCCACGAUGCAGCCGUGAAAUAAUAAUGGACGUUAGUGGAGCAUGUGAGAAUCAAGUGGCACUGACCGGAAACCUAUUGAUCAUAAUACCGUAUAUUUUACACUGUCUGAUGCAUUGUCACAUGGUGAGAUAUAAACGUGUUCAAGUUUAUGUGAUGAGUUAUUAAUGAAGUGAUUGGUUUCAUCGGAGUAUUCAAUUUCCACUCCAUUCAUAUUCUGAAGUUUAAAAUAUCAGUUGAAAUUUUUCCAGGGAUUGGGUAUGGGAAUUACGAGGGAGUUACACGAUACUUUAGAUGGAAUGCAAUAUUUUACACGUUUGUGGGACGCAGGGGAGGUGUGGGCGAUUGAGGGAGGUCAAGCGAGCGACAUGAAGCUUGAGCUUUUACUCAGCGGGCGCUAGGAAAGACUUACAAGUGAUCGGGGGCUUAGGGGAAAUUGUUGAGAGAAAAGUGGAAACAAUUUUUUAACGUUUGCGGAAUAAGCUGAUUGAUUAUGGCGACGACGGACUGAUGGGGUAAAUUUCGAGGAAAAUAUUCGCCAUUUUAUUGGGAGGGUUAUAAUUAUUGAGUCACUCAAAAUAUCAAUUAAUAGCGAAGUAUUAAUGGAAUAACUCCAAAAGACCUGUUUUAAGAGGAAAUUAUUUUGUAAUUUAUGGAUUGAGCGUUUUUGCGGUGCACAUUGUUCAGUCAACUGCAGUUAUGAAAAAAAGGAGAACUGAACGAUGUAGGGCGAUAAUCAAAUGCACGCACCCAGCACUGCAGAAAGUCCUGGCGUCACGCUGUCUGCGGCAGUCCGACUAAGCGCGGAAUUAACUACUUAUUUUACGUUCGACGUACCACUCAUUCGUAUCGUAAAAUAAAUAGCAAACCCAUCCUCUAUUUGAAAAAGCUCGAUCAUAGAUUAGAUAAAGGCAUAAGCUAUUCAUUUCCCCUAGGGAACUAGCAAUUUUCCGAUUGCAAAACGGCUCGAAAAUCCUCAACACAUUGACAUCUCCUCCGGACAAUAAAAAAGUCUGUAAACUCCCCUCGAAAAUUUGUUUCCUCAACCCAAAAAACCCGUGAAUUUUUACACUUGUAUAAUAAACAAAAAAAUCGAUUCUUCCACUCACGAAAAAAUUCUAGAACAACCAGCGACUUCGAUUUUCCGUCCCCUCUUUUCCACAAAUUCCUCUGACGUCACUGCAGCAAAGCCUCCCUCCACCAGUCGAAGAGCGCAGGCCUCCUAUCGAUCCUCGAACUGAAAACUCACCAAACCACCCCAUCACCCAAUCGUUUCGCGCACUUGUCCAACCCCGUCCUCAAGGGUAGGUCGCGCAUGCGUCCUGAUAAAAUUAUCACCGUUGAUUCUGCAGCUAAAACGUCCGUGGCACGGUUCUCGAAGACUUUUGGUACGAGGUACCCGAGCACCCGGCAUUUGUACCACGUAAUCGUUGCCCCAGUGUCAAAAACCUCGCCAAAUCCCUGACAGAAAGCUACCAUAACCUAAAAAAAAAGUGCCAGUGAUAACCGCGAUGUAACGUCCUGACUUCCGGAGGAUCCUCACACCACCUGGAACAUAAAUACUUUCCAACCUGCGACCCUGAGCAUUGAAAUUCCCUUGAGCCACCACCGAGUCAAGGAAACCCCCGAAAAUGCCGAAACAAGUGGCAGUUGAGGAUCUCGUGAUACCGCCCCAAGACGGCCGAAUUUGUGGUACCAUAUGCAUCUGCCAAAUGACAGCGGUCCUCUCCUCAGUGGCCCUUGUCUACCUGACAGUUGCCGUCUACAUGCCCACCACGAGAGCAGUUGCCUCAGGUAUAGCCCCAGUCCCCGUAAUGUGUACAACAAUUCGCACCGUAAACGCCGACAACUGCGACUGGGGCAGCUGUGGCGAAUGGUGUUUAUCAAAAACAUCUGGCCCCUGUGCCCAGAUUCACGUGAAUCUCCGUAGAAAUGGAUCGACAAUUAUCCUAGCCAAUUGCACCAACACCACCAAUAAAACGUGCUACGGUAUCGAUCAGGAGAAUGCAAAAAAAGCAAAGUGUAUAGCGGACGAAUGUAGAAAUUUAACUGGAACGUUCAACUGUACAGCUGGCUUUUGCAUGAAUGUCACUGAUGCCUUUGAAUGUACAUUCAGCGAUACAGAUCCACCAUUGAAGUGCUCCGGUAAGAGAGGGAAAAUCACGUGUAUUGCUAUCGAUGGUUUAUUUAAUUGUAACCGAGGGACUUGCGAGAGAAUAAGAACUCCCUACAACUGCGACAGACGGUGCGUCGAUAUUCCAACAAGAAAUAAGAACGUCAUUCUCUUGAGUGGUGACAAGGUCUACCUGAGCCAGUGUGAGCGAGCCAUUGACGUUGACAGUGGCAAAGAAAUUUGGCAUGAAAAUCGGGGAAACGUGAUGAUGGCCUCCUGCUACGGUAUUUUCAACUCUAGCCUGGGUGUUGAGGCUGUUGAUUGCAUCAACGGGUCAGUUCUGGAGAAGGAGAUGCUCACAGAUCUGACUAAUUUCACGUACUUGUCUUACCUGAAUCUUUACGCUACCAAACCCCUGGAUGAGACCGGGGUGAUAGCACCUCCUGAGCACAGUCUCAUUCUCGCCAAUGAGAGCCGUUUGCUCAUCAACCUUGAGGGAUGCGUCAAUACCCUGAGGGAUGAGUGCAAAGAAUUCCUGCAUGAGUAUGGCAAGGAUGGAUCUGAUCACAAUGCUAGAGCCAGGUUUCCUUGUUUCUAUGCUAAGGACAAGACAGGUGUUGCUGUAUCGAGAUUUGAUUUGGAUAACACGUGGAAGGAGUUCCUCAUUGCAUUCAUUCUACCCAGUGUUCUGUUUGUUGUCAGUUGUUUGACACUGAUAUGCAUACAGAGAACCAUUGUCGUUGGGGAUGAUGCUAGAAUGAGGUUCAAGGGACCUGGGGGACUCAAUGAGAUUCAUAAGAGCGCUAGUGGGAAUCUGGGAGAUGCCGGUGGAGGAGAUUCUGUCAUGGCACUCUGAGAUCCGUCACGCAUUCCCCUCCUGGAGGAGAGCCCGGCUCGCCAAUCGAUAUUCUCCCUCCGUGGGCACUACUAAAAAGUGUGCGACUGGGCCGGAGGGUAGGGGAGGGGAACGCGUGAUUUAUAGAAUAAAAAAUUAUCGAUCUCAAAAU